AUGUUUGGGCGGGGAAGUGCGCAGUGCGGGUAUCAGGUGACGGAAGAUGACGGAACAAAGUCGUCCUCCGAGUUUCUCGAAAGCGCAUCGUGCAUCCCCAGGGGCUCCACCGGCGAUCGUCCAUGGCGCGGUCUAGGAGCCCAAGAAGGAAAAUCGACGGUCAAACCGACAGUGGAACCAAGUCCCCCCUCGUCGGGCAAAGUGUUGAAUGGCGACUGUCCUGGCCAGGUCAAUCGGUCACUGAACACCUCAAGAUGGAUGAAACCAUACGCUGAUCCGCCGAGGCUACAAAGUGAUUCUGCUCGCCCCACGGUGUAUAUUCUUAGUGCCCUCGUGGGAUAUUGA